AUGGCGCCGUCAACCGCCGCUGCCUCGCCCGGCCGCUUUUCCCCGGCGCGUGCCGGCGCCCUGCGCAGCGAGCGUACAUCCCUGGCUGCAGCAGCCCCCUUGUCGGCGCCAUCCGCCUCCCGCGCUGCGAUCCGCUCGCUCCUUUCCCCCACACCGCCCACCUCACACCGCACACUCGCGCACCAGCACGGCGCCCCGCGGAACGGCAGCGGGCGUGGUGCAGCGCGCGUGACGGCCGAAGCCUUCGACUUCGCGGACGGGCCGCUCAGCCGCGCGCGCCCGCGCGGUGACGGCGACGGUGACGAGGACUGUGAGAAGGACGGGAAAGGCAGCGAGGCGAGAAGCGAUAUUGUGUUCGUGGGCACGGGGACGAGCGAGGGCAUUCCACGUGUCAGCUGCUUGACUAACCCCGACAAGAUAUGCCCUGUGUGUGAGGCGGCCACACAGCCGGGCAACCGCAACAGGCGGCGCAACACAUCGCUGCUCAUCAGGCACCGCACGCACGGAGGGGCGGACGGGCCCGUGACUCGCAACAUCCUCAUAGACGCUGGCAAGUUCUUCUACCACAGCGCGCUGCAGUGGUUCCCCUACCACAACAUCCGCCACAUCGACGCUGUACUCAUCACGCAUUCCCACGCCGACGCCAUAGGAGGGUUGGACGACCUGAGGGACUGGACGAACAACGUGCAGGAUGACAUCCCCGUGUUUGCUAGCCAGAGAGACCUCACUGUGAUGGAGAAGACGCACUACUACCUGAUGGACACAUCCAGCCUCGUGCCCGGCACGGCCGUGUCCGCGCUGCACUUCCACGCCAUCGACACCUCGCCCUUUCUCGUGCACGGCCUACAGGUGACCCCUCUGCCUGUGUGGCACGGCGCCAACUACCUGUCUUUUGGCUACCGCUUUGGCGAUGUUUGCUACAUCAGUGAUGUGAGCGCCAUCCCAGAGUCCACGUAUCCCCUGCUUGACAACUGCAAGCUCCUCAUCCUCGAUGCCCUUCGCCCCGACCGCUCUAGCGCCUCUCAUUUCGGUCUUCCACAGGCAUUGGAGGAGGUUCGCAAGAUCCGCCCUCAGCGAACCCUCUUCACAGGCAUGAUGCAUGUGAUGGAGCAUGAGAGUGUGUCAUCACAGCUGCGGCAGCUGCAGCAGCAAGAGGGGCUGGAUGUGGACCUCGCAUACGAUGGCAUGCGCGUUCCCAUUGACCUGUGA